UGCAGUUGAGCGCUGCCGGUCGACACGCCCCCAGCAUGGAUAGAACCAGCAGGAACAGACGCUCAGGAGACACACUCACUAUGCUGGAGAGUGGUUGAAGUCGCGAUGGGAGUUAACACAUCCAAGUUUGUAGAGGUCCUGUCACCAGCGUCGUUGCACUAAACAAAGACUUUGGGUUUCUUAUUUUUUUCUCACUGAGGGGCUUGUCUGCAUUUUUGUCCGAGGCGUUUCUCUCACAGGAUGGUGAUGACAUUGGAAAGCCGGGUAAGAUCAUAAAGUCAGUUCUCUCUGAUGAGAACGACCUCCUCCUCACGACCACACAAAGGGAACCACGGAACAAGUUUUUCUCACGCCAUCAUUUUUAUUUUUUGAAUGUCAUUAAGAAGCAGAGGGGGCUGUUUCAAAGACAAAAUGGAUCACUUUGCUGCAGAGUGCCUUGUUUCAAUGUCCAGUCGUGCAAUUGUUCACGCUCAAGGGAAUAGGGAGAUUAAACCAGAAACCCCGUCCUCCUCCAAGAACGGAGAGGAAAUGAAAGAACCUUUGGUGAAGGACAACUCCUCUAUUUUUGUGGUGGCGCGGAUUUUGGCGGAUUUUAACCAGCAGACUCCCAACAAUGUUGCCGAGCAGGCAAAAAUAAAGGAUGAGAGCAUGCCGAACCACAUAGAUGAUGGAAACUCUGCCACACCUACCACCAUCUCCGAUCCUACGCUCAAACAAAGAGGCAAAAGAUCGCGAGGUCGAACUGAGCCAGAAUCGCCUCAGAAAAAGCACAAAUGCCACUAUUCAGGUUGUGAAAAAGUUUAUGGCAAAUCAUCCCACCUCAAAGCCCACCUAAGGACACAUACAGGAGAACGACCUUUCCCAUGUACCUGGCCCGACUGCAGUAAGAAGUUUGCUCGCUCCGAUGAGCUGGCCCGCCACUAUCGCACUCACACGGGGGAGAAGAAGUUUGGGUGCCCGCUUUGUGACAAGCGCUUCAUGCGCAGUGAUCACCUCAUGAAGCACGCCCGGCGCCACUCAGAUUUCCAGCCCGGUAUGCUGAAGAGGCCCCACGGCAGCAGCAGCUCCACACGUCCCAGCUCCCUCAGCGACUACAGCCGCUCGGAUGCCUCCAGCCCCACCCUCAGCCCCGCCCUCAGCCCAGCCAACUCGCCUUAAACUGAAACCCAGUCGCACUUUCUGUCUCUGACCUGCGAGGCCUGUGUUUUUGUCAUAACACUCGUGUUGCACGGUUGUCAGCAACCCCCCCCUUUGCUAUUCCUGCGCUUGCUGUGGUGUACCAUACUGUACAUAACUGCUUAUUGUAGUGCAAUUACUCGUGUGAUCCUAAAAAAAGGUAAUGCCUUUCCCAGAUGGCAAUAUUUACAUUCUGUACCAUAUGUCUGUAUUUUUUUUGACUCUGAUCAUGGCUAGUUGUCCAAUGUAUGUUCACAGUCAGCUAAACAAGGUUUAGAAGAAGAAAAACAGACACCCUGACAAGUCUUAUCAAAAAUGGGACUUUCUUUGUUGUUGUUUUUUUUGAAAGGGUGAGGAGAAGGGGUACACACACACACACACCUCAGGAUUGAAGACAGUUGCUAUUUCUGUAAUACCACAGUACUUCAGAGUACUCACAUUGACUGCACAAUAUACUCAUCACUUUACUCUGAAAUUCAACAGGGGUUGAAUUUUACGCCCUGCUCAGGGAUGGCCUUGUUAGCUUGAAAGAAUGAACACAGUGAAGAGAAACAUACAGUACAUAUAUAGCAGCCUUUACACUCAACACAAUUUGCACUCUUUGUUUUUUUGUUGGUUUUCACGUUUUGAGGAAACUAGCCCGACGGUCAUACGGUCAAUCGUACACAGAACUCAUGUACUCUUGUUCUCGGGGGGUUCAUAUGUAUUGUAAUUGCUGUGUGUUAACAAAACGAUCCCCAAACCUCCACCUCAGUAAACAAAAUACAUCAGUUCCUCCACUGCAUUGUUAAUAUUCAGUUGCCAUUACACUGGGUUAAAUAUGUACUUCAUUAAACAGCUGUGUGCAGUAUAUACUGUGUAAAUCUGCAUUGUGGGAAGAUCAGGGUUACAUUGGGUUAACAGUUUUUAAAAGUAUACUCGGUUGAAGAAACUUUAGAACCUUUAAAUAGAGACAGUUAAGUUUCAAAGCAGCUGUUCAUGUUUUUUUUUCUUUUUUAAAGUGCUGUAUCAUCAGGCAGUAUUUCACACAAAAUGGACACAAAGGGACUUUAGUUGAAACAAUGUUUAUCCCUCUCUGAAGCACAUAGGAAAAAGUACCAAAGAGAGUGAAUGAAAGCUUUCUAUUCAGUCUUGUAAGCUGCCCUUCAUUGAGGCCUGGGCCUGGUGGUUGGCAGUAUCACAGGUAGAACCAGACAGCCUGCACACUUCGCUCCUCCUGGCUUUGCCUUUUGUGGCCUCCCUUGAGGAAACAGCUGCAUCCCACAAGAAGCUAGUCACAGCCCGCAGGAGGAGUGCUAACAUGCCAUUCCUGGGGAGUCCUCCCUCGCCCAUCUGGCUCUACCUGUCCUGUCAGAGAGUGGUGAAGCUCCAACUCUGCCAAAUAGCUUAAGGUGGCCUAACUUGGCGGCUCGGGGGGGGGUCAAAUGUAGGCCAGCGUGUUAGGCAGAACCGGGCUUGGCUGCAACAUGGUGGAGCACAGAGCGAACAAAGCAGCUAUCUGCAAUAGCCAGGCAAGGGAGGGCAGGUCCUGAUAAAAGAGGAGAGGUUUAUCAUGAGCUGAGCAGCACAGAGGAGGAGACACCCGGUCGCAGACACCCCCGUCUCCUCCUCCUUCCCCCAACUCCCUUCAACUGUAGAAACCAUGAGCAGAAACAUGUCUGUAAUUAGUGGGUUGAUCCAACCUGUAGGAUAAGAGUAGAAAGAGUAGUGUAUGAACAACAGUACUACCUAGACAACGCUAGCAGUGUGGGUGGGAUGUACCCAACUCCAUCCUAAGCACAGGGAGAAAUCCUCUACUGCUGGAGAGUCAAAUGACAAAAUGCCAAGGAAAAUGUCGCUCUAAAUUCAUACUGAUAAACCAGAGCUCUCAAACAGCUGCUUUCAAACUUCUCUCUUGCAACAAUGUGGGGGGUGGGAGCUUUUAAACCGAACAUAUCAGCAAAGUGCAAUGCUCACCAGCCUCACGUCGUCCUCCCUGUGAAGCUCAGAUGUCCUGUGAGAAAGCUGACUUGUGUUUCUAGACAGACAUGCCUCAAUAAGUCAGGCAAAAGGCACAGUAAACCUUCCAUGGAAGCAGGCACCACUAUCAAAACUGCUGCAGCACCGCCAGUCUGUGUUAUGCCUACAUUUUCUUUGAAUGCUUCAGCACUAAGGCCGAAAAUAGUUUCAUCCAUGUAUUCGGUCCUGUCAGACCCCUCCAGACUGUUGUCACCAUGAAUUGCAUGUGCUAGCUUCAUUCUGCCAGGAACUCUGGCCCUGCAGUCCCAUGCUUCACACUAUAUACAUGUUAACAACUGCGCCUUGGAAGCGUAGAGGGUUUUUUGAGGCGGUCUGGCAGGUGUAAGUUCAUGAAUGACCGGCCUUGUCCCUCGUUCUCCACAGCAGCCAUCUCUCUUUAAAGUUGUGAAGAAUCAGCUCUGUCACAUCCUCCAGAAAGAAAACAUCCCUUAUUUAGAUUGAAUGCAGUUGUUUCCUCAAAACACCACGGUUAAGAAAACAGCCCUCUGUAAGAUGUCAAAAUAGUUUCCAGACUGCAAGAUGACACUUUCAAUGCCAUUGAUCAGCAGCUCUUUAUGAAAGAAGCAUUGAGAGUGUUUGUUUAACUUUUAGCAUUUCUAGAACAAAAAAACUUUGAUUUUCACUAACAAAUUCUUCAAAUAGCUGUUGCGCAGCUUUUUGUGGUAUCUAUCCAUUUUUUUGUUUGUUAUAGUCAAUUUUUGACUUGGUUUGUAGUUUAACUUUCUCUUGCAAAAAAAACAUUUCUGAUUAGCUCACCCUCAAGCAGGUUUCAUGAAUCACUUUUUAAUCCAUAAUCUGCACAUUUACCUCAGGGUCGACAUCCGCAAAGCAGAUAUGGGACAGUUUGUGGAUUUUGUUGUAACAUCAGUUGCUGCACAGAAAUGUCUGCCAGCCUCCCCCCGGUGUUCCUGGGUGCUUUGUGCUCACUGCUGGUCAGUGUCCGACCACACUGGAAACAGGAACGCCGCUGUACGGGGCCCAGCUCCUGCCUAUGCGCCUUAGUAAGCACUGGGCACUCUGGAGCUCUUUUCAGUGAAAUGCCCCUUUAAACACCUUUGACCCUUAGUGUCUUACAGUAGGCAACAGGAAGCUCUAUACCAUCUGAAAAUAAACCAACUGUGACAGUGUAAACAUCCCAGUCUAUCCAUCCAUCCAGACUGUACCGGUGACAUAUAUAGGCCUCCACAGGCAUAACUUUUAUUCUCACUGUACCAAAUUUACUUGAAUAAUUCAACACAAAAGGCCAUUGAACACAGUUUUGUACAUGUCCAUUUUUACUGUACUUGCGUUUGUUGUCAAAUAAUUAUUAACAUUACUGGAGAAAGGUGUAUAGUCUGUUUAAAUUUAUUUUGUUGUUUUUUCUGGUCAUUCUUCAGGUCAUUUCAGCAACUCUUUCGAAUAUAUCACAGCAUUAAGGUUGAUUCUUUUUGUCGGGCUGUUUAAAGGAACCAUAUUUUGUUAAAAAGCAUAGUUUUAUCCCUGUUAAUGGGGUUUACCCCUUUAAUUAAAAACACUUAAUACUCUGUUGAUGUCAGGAUGCAGGUUAUUCCAGUUAGCCUGUUAUCCAAAAAUUCAAGUCAGAAAAUGAAAGGAUUGUUUGGGGUGACCGAAAAAGUAAACCUCCUGACCUCUAUGUCCGGCUAUUUCAAAUGGAGUGACUCAUUUUUUCUUUUCUUUUAUUAUAUAGAUUAUUUUGAAAGUUUUCCAUAAGAAUAGAGACCACAGCAUUGUGAGUUAGCAAUGUAGUCAUACAUUUUAUUAUUGCUUAUUACUUAUAUUUGUCUCAUAUGAAAUGUUUGUAUAUUUUUCAGAAAUCAUACCUCUUGAAAUAUUUGACUUUUGUUCUACUUUCAUAUCUUUUUAAAACAUCCAUCAUGUAGCUUAUGUUUGCUUGAUGAGUAGCACAAAUAAUUGGUUGUUUUAUUUGUCCCUACUUGAAUGAAGAAGAAAAGAAAGAGACUUUUUUUUCUGUAAAAAAACAAACAAAACAAAAACACUGGGCUACAUUUUAUAUAAUCAUCCCAUGUUUUCAGGGUCCUCAAAAAGUAAUCUUUCCAGGAAAUAAUGAAACCUUAUUUUUUAUUUUAUGUUACAAAAAUAUUUAAAAAGAACCCGUUGUCUACUGAGCUCCAUAUAUUUGUCUGAAUUUAAACAUUUUCUAUAUGUGAGGGAUGAUGUCAGCUGCAAAUUACUAUGAAACUCCACUUCAGCAUUUUUUAAUCUAAUUUUUCAAUUGUAAUCCCACAGAGAUUACAGUUUUUGACAUCUGUCAGAGAAAUAAAGGAAUUUGAACACUGACAAAAUGGAAAUACAAGGUUUCAACAAGAUGCUAACAGUGUACCAGUUAAUAUUUUGUUCUGCUUACUGUAAAAAUAUAUUAAAGUAGAUUGGUUGUUGCUUAGUAUGUAAAGAACUAACAUUAACCUUAUUUAAAAAAGAAUCAUAUUAAUAACAUGAAUAUAUCACUGAUAUCGUCUCAUCUUCAUGGUCUCAGCGUACAAGCAUGAUUGAUGCAAUUGUGUGCCAAAACUAUAAUGGUAACUUCUUAAAGAUAACAAAAGUUGAGGGUAAAAAACAGAACCUGGCUACUAUCAGACAUUUAACAAACUUGUACAGUUUUAUAAAGUGUGACAUGUUUUUUUUAAUGUAAUGUACAGGAUUAAAUGAAGCAGCUCUGCAUAUUUGAUAUGCAAGUGCUCCAAGUUAAAUAUUGCUUUUCUGCUUUAUGUAAACAUUUUGAUUGUGUAGCUUUGUUUUCAUUUGGUUCUUGUUAUUUAAUUUUGACUUCUUUUUUUUUUGCUGUUCAAUACUUAAGCAAUGUAUAAUGGCUUAUUACAGGUAUUUCUUUGACAUAAACAAUCUUAACAAUGAUAAACGCCCAACCAUUCCAAAGGAUUGAAAAUUGCAUUUGCUAUAAAUGUGCUGCUUACAUGGACCCGAUGCAUUUUUGUAGGUUAUGAAUAGACGUCUGUCUUGACUGUGAGAUUUUACACGUUGUGAGUUGUGCACAAGGUACGUUUAUCAUUGUCAACAUUUCCCAGGUUUAAUCUCUCUUUUCUCCUCUGCGGGCUCUAUAUGUAGGCUAAGCCAAUUCGAAUAAACAACAUACAUGCAAUAUUUAAAGUAUUAUAAAUCUAUAAUAUUUAAAAGAUCAGGACAUACUGUGCAUGUCUUCCCUCAUGACAAAAGCCUGAGGCUUGGGGGAUAAUGUUUUAAGAGGGAGCCAUAGAUAGGAGAGAGCAGUUCUUGAGCAGUGAGUAAGCUUUGAGUUCUUGCAGCUCAACAGAUGCUCCACAGUUACAAGUUGUUACCAAAGGCUUUGAAGGGAAAGAUGAAUGUUGCAGUAAUUUUGAACCCAACCCAGUUUGGACCCCUGGGUUCAACUUUAUAUGCUCUUAAGUGUUGAUCAAUGGAUGUCGUGCUUGAUAUGGACCUUUUUCUACAUCUCACAUAAGAAAUUUUCAUUUUGAAAAUCACUUGAAUGAACAAAACCCUUUUAAUUAUACGAGCAAACUAAUUCUGACUGAGUCAAAAGACGAGAAACAAAAGAGACUGAGUGAGUAGGAACAUGCAGCGUAGCAGACCACAUCUGUCUGUACCCUUCACUGACCAUGUGGUCUUGCUUGACUGCCUGAACUGACACUGGGCGGCAUUUUCUCUUUACUGUUGAAAUGCACGCUGACUAAAAGUCUUUUGCUCAAGCUUUGGAUAUGUUUGCCCUUAAAGGAUUAGUGUGUUCCCGGUUAUGCAGCACUAAGUGCUGUGAAUGACCUCCCUUUAAUUACAAAGAGAGAGCCGCUUACCAGCCUUUUGGUUCUGUUUCCUGUACCUGUUUGUCCUCAGUGUAUUGUUGCUCUCUUGAUACCUCUCCUCUGUUUCUCCUCUGCCCAUCACCAUCAGUUGCCUGUUGUAGUGACUCCAUGGUGCUGCUUUCCCUUUCAGCACCAGUAUAAUCUAAUCUGUAAAUAACUCGACUCAGCUAUGGCCAGUACAUUCUCUUAUGACCUCACUCUAACCUUCAGGUGUCAUUUUGUUUUUUUCUCUCUCAGCAAACCAAAAUCACUACAUUCAAGUAUUACAGUUGUACAGUUCCUCUGAUUCUACACACAUUUAAUGUGCUGGUCUUAGCUGCUCUGCUGUACCUUUUUAUGGCAUUAUUUUGUACAUGUUAGACAAUAUAUGGUGACCAUGUCCUAUGCAAAUAUGAAAAAUAACAGAUUGUUGAAUAAUGUAUGUUGUCAUAACUUGUAUGCAUGAAAUAGUGAAGUUUACAUUUGGAAAUAAAUUCAUAAAAUAGCAGCUACAA